CUGCGGGUGGUGGUGUGACCUUACAGCUGAGACUUGACUGAAGUGGUGGUGGUGUGCUUCGGGAGUUCAGUGACUUGACUGAGGUGCUCUUGCGUUGGAGCUCCCCUUAGCGUCUUUGCUAAGCGGCUGCGUCGUAUCGCACUGGGGAGAAUUCGCCAUUAAGUUGGUCUCUGAGCUACAGCCGUCGCGUUUCGGGACGGUUACGAAUUGGUUGGGUGAUGCGUUGAGGCCGGAGGAGGAUUGUACAACUUAUCCUUUUGCGUCUGCGUAGUUAGCUGUUAAAUCUGCUUCUAGUUUUCCCAGCAGUGUUAUUAUACUUCUAAGAGUAUUUUGACAGUCAGCAACCAUGUUUGGGAAAAUUUUCGGCAAACCUAAGGAGCAGCCAUCAGUCCGGCAGUCUCUUGAUAAGUUGUCGGAGACGCGGGAGAUGCUUGAGAAGAAGCUUAAGGUCCUGGAGAAAAGAGUGGCCAUGGAGCUGCAAAAGGCGCAGGAAUUCUCGAAACAGAAGAACAAGCGAGCCGCCAUCCAGUGCCUGAAGAAGAAGAAGCUGUACGAGAAUCAGAUCGACGCACUCAACAACUACAUCUUCCGACUGCAAGACCAGGAGGUGAAUCUGGAGGGCGCGAGUGUGACUGUGGAGAUGAUGAGCGCAAUGAAGGAGUCAGCUCAGGCCAUCCAAGGCGUGCAGAAGAAGAUGAACAUUGACGACGUGGACAAGACGCUGGACGAGAUCAACGAGCAGUCGGAGAACAUGAAGCAGAUCCAGGACGCGCUCUCGCAACCUGUCGGCAUCGCCGCUGACCUCGACGAGGAUGAGCUCAUGGCUGAGUUGGAAGAGCUCGAGGCACUGGAAUUGGACGAGCAGCUGCUGCAACCAGCUGCUGCUGUGCCGGCGCAGCCUCUGCCAUCAGUCCCCAAGAAGGUCCCGGCCCAGAAGGCACCUGCAGAGGAGGAGGAUGAACUUGAGAGGAUGCGUGCAGAAAUGGCCAUGUGAAAAGAGAAACUGGGAUGGUCCAAAAGCUGGUGCCGGCGCAGCCGCUGCCAUCAGUUACCAAGAAGAACCCCGUCCAGAAGGCACUGGCUGGAGAGGACUCUAGAGGAUGCGUGCGGGAAUUGGCAUUUGAGUGCUGUGGUGGUGACAGUAAGAUUAAUAUUUUGUUUUAGAUUCCCGUGGUCACUGUUACUGUAGAGGGUUUCAACAGCUGUAGUUUUGCUGGUUUAGACACAAUAGCAUGCUUACUGUAUUUCAUUGUAUAUUCAGCAGUGUGUUGUACUCUCUAGAGUUCUACAGUUUGCCAUGCGUUCCUUCCCU